GACCGCCACCCGGCACUCCGACUCGCACCCUCGUGCCGACCGCCGCGAUCCCGCGUUCUCGUACGUACCACCGUACCGUACAUUACCCCUCAACUAAACUUUAACGCGCGACGGUCUCAGCACUUCCCGGCGAGGCGAUACCCUACGAAAAUCGUGAAAGGAAUAAAGUAGUGAGGCGAGUUUGUUGUGUGUUCCCGUAGUGUGAUGGAGUGUGAGUGUGUGGGCCUCCGGAGAAUAGACGCUAAACAGUUACACUGAAAGGUGGACGAGCAGACGGCCGGUGAAUAAUAUGUAACACGUCACUGCAGUGACGCAGACGAUAAUCUAGUGUUAGUGGUUAGCCUUCCAAGCAGCAAGAUGGGCAAGAAGAACUCAAAACUCAAACAAGACACGAUCGAUCGACUGACAAGCGCUACUUACUUUACCGAGAAGGAGAUCAGACUUUGGCACAAGGGAUUUCUGAAGGACUGUCCGAACGGCCUCUUAACAGAACAGGGCUUCAUUAAGAUUUACAAGCAAUUCUUCCCUCAAGGUGACCCUAGUAAAUUUGCGUCACUGGUUUUUCGGGUGUUCGACGAAAACAAUGAUGGUUCCAUCGAGUUUGAGGAGUUUAUACGAGCGCUCUCGGUGACGUCAAGAGGGAACCUCGACGAAAAGUUACAUUGGGCCUUCCGUCUCUACGACGUGGACAACGACGGCUACAUCACGCGGGAAGAAAUGUACAACAUAGUCGACGCGAUCUACCAGAUGGUGGGCCAGACGCCUCAGCCAGAAGACGAGAACACACCGCAGAAGCGCGUCGACAAGAUCUUUGACCAGAUGGACAAGAACCACGACGACCGCCUGACCCUGGAGGAGUUCCGUGAGGGCAGCAAAGCGGACCCACGCAUUGUGCAGGCACUGUCGCUUGGGGGUGAUUAAUCGACGGUCAUCCUCUCGCCGGAAUUCACUUUUACUUAGGCAACCACCGAUGCAACCACGCCGCGUGUCCGUUAUAUAAGCAUUAUAAUCUUAUUCAAUUGAUUUAGCAACUUCAGGACAACAUUAAAGAUUACAUUCCUUUUGUUAACUGUAACUCUGUAUUAUGUUUCCCGUGGAAAAAAAUAAAACAAAGAGUUUCAAUUGUGUAGGAAGGUCCUACGAAUAAACAAGACAAUUAUACUCGUAGGUAUUAUGUGAUACGUACUUAUUUUUAUAAUACGCUGCGUGUAGCUGAUAUUUUAAAUUUAAGCUAUAUUUGCCAAUAAUUUCAUUCAACAGUGGGCAUUGAGCGAGGCUUUUAUUAUUUUCCAAAUAUUUCAAAAUAUGCGUAUAUAAGUGUUACAAUAAGAUGUGCUUAAUAAAUGUUUACCAUUUCAGUGUUUUCACAAGUAAUUUGAUGAACACCGACUGCUACGGUGGUUUAUGCAACACAUUUAAUUUUGUUUAGCUUCUAUGCGACUGCCCGCGGAAAAGAACGUAAAAGAAUCGUGUAGCGUGUAACAAAAUUCAGCGUCAAUACGCGCAAAUGCGCGAGAUUAGUCUAUUGAUCUAGCGAGACAAGGCUACGGUAAUAAAUUGUGCUGGUGCCGAUUGGGCAGAGUGCCAACUGUGUUACUGCCUCAUCUCUGCUCCUAUUCCACGGACUAUCUAUCUGCGAAUAUACCUACUGACUUAUCGACAAUGCGAUGAAAAUAAUUCACAUUUAUGAAUCCACGAAAAUGCCUGAUCUGUCGACUCCGUUCCGCACGAACUCGAAGGGGUUUGAAAUUGACAAAACACUCGGCUAAUGUCGCUUAACUUCCGAAUCGACGAUUUUAUCGCAAUGAAAAAUGCUCACGCGUCCUGAAUAAGCAUUAUUUGGAAAUCAGACCCUAUUUCAUCGGAGCCGAGCCUCGAAUCGCAUGCGAUGUAAUCAUAUUUAACGUUAAUCGGUCAAGAACUGUCAACCCUGAAUUUUGUCUACAUUCGUGGAGGUUUAUUGUAAAUAUAAUUUAUAAUUUAAUAUAAUCGUAUGAUAGGUUGAGUGUAUGGCUGACGGCGGAACUAAAUAGCGUAUCCCACCCUCGCCGUUUAUUUCGUGUUGGCAAAUUUUAUAUCUUGCUCCUUUUCAAGUUUUGAACACUGCUAUCGCUACCGGCUUUUUGUGUAUGAAAGAAAUAAGUAUGUAAUCGUAAGAGGGCGUUGAAGUAGGUAUGGCGUAAAUUAGCAACAUUAUGGUAAGGAAAACUUAAAGUCUAGGUUGACGUAAAUCCAAAGUACCGCCUGCGACGAGUGGGCGUGCACUAGGUGUCGAUAGUGUUAUUACGCCUUCUUGGAAAUGAAAAUUUUAAUUUUGAAUCUAAACAGUUGAAUGCAAAUCCAAAUCCGUGCGAGAGAUGACUCCUGGCCCGUUGGCCAGUUUGUACAAACUUCGUCAAGUGCACUGCGACAAAUCUUUUAUACUUUCAUGUCAUAGUAGAUUUUCAUCCUAAAAUAUUUGAUGGGGUGUAGGAACACCUCACACUAAAUUUUCCAACUUAUCUAUACUUACUUAUACUCGUAUAAUUAUGUAAUAAUAAUGUACUCACUUGAGAACACAACAUUAUUCAAUAUCUUGACCCUAGUAUGUUACAAGAUCAUUAUCAUUUCUCUUCAUUAAGACUAUUAGUAGAAGCAAAUUAGAUCAUCCUUCACUAGUCACACAACUCAUUAGUUUCAAUGACUCACACUCAACACCUAAGAUUCAGAUAAAAAUCGUUAUUAUAAAUUUACUGUUAUUGUUGAAAGAUUGUUAGGUUUUUAAGAGUUGCGCCCCAUUAAAGUUAAAUUUGCAUUAAGACAAUAUUGAAUUUUUGGCAUUCUUACAGUUUUUUGGGUUUUUACAGCCCCCAGAGUUGUUGAAAAAUGUUCUAAUAAUUGUGUGCUAAGUGGCAUAGCCACAAUUAAAUCCUUUUAAUCGAAAUAAAUAAGUAACAAACGUUUUACAUUUUUAGACGCUACAUCGUGAAACGUAAAAUUUUUUGGAACUUAUGAAAUUGUAAUUUAAUUACUAAAUUAAGGAAAGAGACGUUGAUGCAAAUAUACAUAUAUGAUUUUAUUUUGAUAAAAAAGUAGUGAUUGAAAAGCAAUUCGUUAGUGGUAUAACUAAAUGAUGUUGUCGUAUCACAAAAGUGUGCGAUUCAACUCGUAAUGUAAGAAAAUGUAAAUGCCAUGGCGAGACCCGCGCUGAGGCGAGCGCUGUGCGCUCCCUGAGCUCUCUCGUCAAGUUUUAAGAUAACAAUGUGACAAAUAAAUAUCUUUAAUUACAUAUUGUACUUUGUUCAUGACAAAUUUAUCCUUGUAUUAGAAUCGUAGUGUGAGACGUAGAUUGUGUACGGUAUCUUUCUAUAGCACGACUUCACGUUUCGACAGCCACCCCCGCCGCUGCCGCGCGCGGUCAGCACUUACGGAGAGCACUAUUCUUUAAUAGCGUCUUUGCCAAAUUUAGUGUACAAAUUACUCUUUGAAUACUUACUUGUAGGUUCUACAUCUCUUUCUCUCUCUCCAUCCUUCGGCGAAUUCUGAAAACAUAUAUUUUGGAGGACUUUUGGAUAUUUCCGUUAGCGACUCAACGUAAUGUAUUAGUCUUAAAAUUAAGAUAUCUACUAAUGAUAUAAGAAAUAUAACUACAGCUUUAUACAAUUGUUAUCCUUUGCUUAAAACUAAACUUUCUUAUGAUACUUAUAACGUAUUUCUAUACUGUGAACUAUUCGCUAUUUAUGAACCGAAUGUUUCGGCAAUGUUGCGACAGCGUUGGACGUUUGCGCGGGUUCGAGGACGUAGGCAAGUAUUGGUAGUUUGGAUCGCAAGUCAAUUUGUGUCUCUCGACAUUGUUUGUAGAGGUUAAGAUGCGUUUUUCAAACGAAAUAGAGUAGGGAAAUUGUCGCGGGCUGUGCAUUUGUCUAGAUUUAAGUAGCUAACCCUUCGCCUACAGCGUUUGAAUGAGUUCACGUUCAUCAAAAUAUGGUUGAAAUGUAAACAUUGCUUUUUAGAAAAUAUUUAAAGCUGCUUCGCAAGGUUUUUUGUAUAACCUGAGUUGUUUAUUUACUUAAUCCUAAGUGUAUUUAAAAUGUGUAUCAGAACAGUAUCACCAUAAAAAUAAUUGUGUAAUCAUACCACUAAGCAAGUAUAGUAGCGGAUAAAUGUAUUUUAUUAAUGUGUACCAAUACGUAAAUAGAACUGCGUAGGUACAUAAUAAUACGUUGGUGUAUCUCUUCUGAUUGACAGUCUUCAAUGGCAUUGUUUACUAUCUUGAUGUUUAAAUAUUCACAAACAUAUUACAUAAUUAAAUAGAAGUUCUUACAUAUAAUAAUGAUACCGCGCUUACCUACCUAAUUAUAUUCUGUAACUGAGCGCACACGUUAAAGUUUUGAUCGCGUGAGUUUUUGUAUCUACCUACAUAACAUAAAUAAAAUAAAAAGUACAUUGUGAUACAUGUAUCUCUAAUUAAAGAAGUCGCGUAUAAGUAAUAAUCUAAAAGCGUGUGCGGCCAGAUAGUUGGACUUGUUAUUAUUUUAUCCUAUCAUGCAUUUCAGCCUUUUUAUGUAAUUUUCCUCUUCAUUUCAUAAGUUCCUACUGAUAACCUAGGUUUUAAUAUUACUUUGCUUAACUUCUGCUUAAUUAUAUUAGGGUGGCGAACAUUUAGUAAACAGAACAAAUAAAACACGUAAAGAUAUUUAUCGAACAAAAUUAAUAAACAACACCAUUUGGGUUUGGCUAUAUCUUUCGUUAAAAUAAAACUGGUCCAACCAAACAAUUUAAAAAAAGUAAUGGUCACUGGUCAGUCUUCUACCUCACAUAAUACACAAGAUAUGGUCCAGCAGGCGAUAUUUAUUCUAUGACAGUCGCAAUUACACCUGUCAUUUCUCCUGGUCCAAAUUGAACCUAUGUACGCUGUAUUACUGUGCAGGAGACUGGCACCGGCUGAAAACCAGCGCUGCAUGGACCUAGUGCCGUACAGCUUACGCUGAGCCGGAUGCCCUUGUUGUCACCUUAUUUUUAAUUGUUAAGCUGUGUUAAAGUUGUAUUUUUUUUUUGUUAUGGUGACAAUAAAGGUUUAUUUAUUUAUUUAUUUAAAUCAAAGUUAAUCUAAUGUCGGUAUAAAAACAAAACAAUAAUAAACUUAAUCCGUAUGUUCGCCACCACUCUACCAUCUAAUUAUUUUUAAAUCCUUGUCUAUUUGUCUUUUGAUGUAAAUAAUAACGUUAUUCGCCUACUUUAUUAGAUACUAUGAAUAUUCACUUUUAAUAAUAAAGGAUGAUUAAUAAUAAACGAAGUUGAAACUAAAA